AUGUCGUCCUACUACCCCGAACCGACUGAACGCACGCCGCUCAUCACGGCGGGCGAGGGCGAGGACAAGGCGUCGUCCCGCGGGCACGAGGUGCGCGAGUACCUCGCCGAGACGGUCAUCCUGCUCAAGGCCUCGAUCCCCGUCAUUCUCGCGUACACGCUGCAGAACAGCCUGCAGACGGGCUCGGUGCUCAUCGUCGGCCGGCUCAGCCCCGAGGCGCUCGCCACCGCCGCUUUUUCAUACAUGUUCGCCAUGGCGACCGCGUGGCUCAUCGCCUUGGGCGGCACAACGGCACUCGAUACCCUCGGCAGCAGCGCGUUCACCGGCUCGACCAACAAGCACGACCUCGGCAUGCUGCUCCAGCGCGGGAUUAUCGUGCUCUCCGCAUUUUAUGCCGCCGUUGCCUGCUUGUGGUGGUUCUCAGAGCCCGUCUUCCGUGCACUCGGGCAGGAGGAGUUUAUCUGUACCCAGUCUGCCAUGUUCCUGCGCGUACUCAUCCCCGGCGGUCUUGGAUACGUGUGGUUCGAGUCACUCAAGAAGUACCUCCAGGCGCAGGGCAUCUACCGCCCGGCGACCUACGUCCUGAGCCUCACGGCGCCCUUCAACGCAUACCUGAACUACAUGUUCGUCUACCGCCUCAAGAUGGGCCUCUACGGCGCACCCUUCGCCACCGGCAUCUCCUACUGGCUCUCGUUCCUCUGCCUGCUCUUCUACACUGUCUACGUAGACGGCUGGCAAUGCUGGGGCGGGCUGCAGCUCCGCCGCGCCUGCCAGAACCUCGUACCGUUCGCCAAGCUGGCGAUCAUGGGCGUCGUGCACGUCGGCACCGAGUGGUGGGCGUUUGAAAUCGUCGCGCUCGCUGCUGGGCGUCUCGGCACAAUCCCCCUCGCGGCGCAGAGCGUCAUCAUGACGGCCGACCAGGUGAUCAACACAAUUCCCUUCGGGCUCGGCGUCGCGGCCUCAUCCCGCGUCGGCAACCUCCUCGGAUCGCAGAAGCCGCGGGGUGCUGCCCGGUCGGCGAACGCCGCCGCUGUGCUCUCCAUCGGAAUGGGCACGCUCGUGCUUGUCGUCCUCAUGGGCACCCGGAACGUCUUUGGCCGCAUCUUCAACGACGACGACCGCGUCGUCAGCCUCGUGGCCGAUAUCAUGCCCUACGUCGCGUUGUUCCAGAUCGCCGACGGGCUGAACGGUUCUUGCGGCGGUUCGCUCCGUGGCAUGGGUAAGCAGUGGAUCGGCGCUGCGGUCAACCUGGCUAGUUAUUACGGUGCCGCGCUACCCGGAGGCAUCUACCUCGCAUUCCACGGCUGGGGACUCGAGGGCCUCUGGAUCGGCCAGUGCGUUGCGCUGUACCUCGUUGGCCUCCUCGAGUGGAUCAUCGUCAGCCGGAGCAACUGGGAAGACGAGUGCCGGUUGUCCCUCAAGCGGCUCGAGGAUGACGACGGGCACGGCGGCGGCCAUUGA